CGGCAGGCAGGAGAGCGGGCCCUCCUCCUCCGCCUGUGCCCGCGGCUCGCAGCUGAGGGCGCAGGCCCAGCCGGGCGAGGGCGGCCCUGGGAGCCUGCACAGGCCCGGGCAGCGUGGGCUGCAGCUGCUCCAGCCUGGGUUGACCACGUGAGGAAAAUGGCAGCAGGAGCUGGGGACCCAGUUGGCUCAGCGGGGUCGACCGUUGGGCGGCCUCAGGCAGUCCCGGAGCCCCCAGGCGCAGAGAAGCCCCACAGUGAGAUGGACAGCAGGAAGCAUUUGCUUGAGGCUGCCGUGGGGAAGAGGCCGGAGCCGCAGCUGUCCCCAGGUUGCAGGCAGCCCUCUCCCCUGCCCAGCCCGGCGGCGGCCUGGGGCCAGCCCAGCGCCGGGAGCAGCGGUCAGCAGGGGCUGCAGACCCAGGACUGGGUGUGCGAGCCGCGACAGAGCAGGUACCCGAGCCGCCGCUGGAGCGUCAGCAUCGACGAGCGCCGGCGGCUGGCCCUGCUGGGCGGCUGGGAGAGGCCGCGCGCCGCCGGGGGCCCCCAGAGCUGCAAGGACAUCACCCAGAUCGUGGCCCAGCUGGUGUCCGAGGACGUGGACAAGGACGUGCUCCUCCCCCACCCGCCGAGGUCCGCCGAGUCCACCAACGGCUUCCACGCCUUCCUGGCCCCGAGCGCGCCUUUCUGGCAGAAUGCGACUUUGGAGUCCCAGGGCUCGAGGUCACCACCCUCCUAAGAGCCAACUCAGCCCAAUGUCUGUCUUCCAGCGCCUUUCCUCUGGGGUUCAGAGGGAGGUGGCCGGCCACUCCCGG